CUGUCUCAGUUCUUCUUCUUCUUCAUUUCGACCAACUAAACAACAACUGCGUUCGAUAAAUCAAAUCAACGCACAAGCUCCGCUACCUCGCCAUCGCCGCCAUGGACCCAUGCCCCUUUGUCCGGGUCCUGGUCGGCAACCUCGCUCUCAGGAUCCCCUUCGCUGCCCCUCCCGCUGGCGGAGGCGUCCACAAUUCCUCCUUUCCUUGCUUCGCCAAGAUCCGCCUCGACAAGUCCCCCCACCAGAACGCCGCCGUCCCUCUCGUCACCCCAGAGGAUCUCUCCGCCGCCGCGCCAUCCCCCUCCCUCUCCGCUCGCUUCAACCUCUCGCAGGUCGACCUCGACCGCAUCUCUGGCAAAUCCUCGGUCUUCGCCGCAGCUAGGGGACGCGCGAGGCUGAAGGUCGCGGUUUACACCGGACGCCAGGGUGCGACGUGCGGAGUCACCUCCGGACGGCUCCUCGGAGAGAUCACGGUGACACUGGACCUGAAGGGCGUGAUCGCGGAGGGCGGCGGCGGCAGGGCCGUUGUGUUCCACAGCGGAUGGGUAGAGUUGGGGGCGAAGAAGAAGAAGAAAGUCUCCUCAUCGUUGCCGCAGCUGUAUCUCACGGUGAGGGCGGAGCCGGAUCCGCGGUUCGUGUUUGAGUUCGACGGGGAGCCGGAAUGCAGCCCCCAGGUGUUCCAGGUGCAGGGGCAAAUGAGACAGCCCGUCUUCACUUGCAAGUUCUGCUGCCGCAGUGCCGGCGACCGCAAUUUGAGCCUCAGUUCGAUGCAUCACGAACCAGGGAGCUCUAGAAAUUGGCUUUCGUCGUUCGGAUCUGAGAGGGAGAGGACGGGGAAGGAGAGGAAAGGGUGGUCGGUAACAGUUCAUGACCUUUCCGGUUCCCCCGUGGCCCUCGCCUCCAUGGUGACCCCCUUCGUCGCCUCCACAGGCACUGACAGGGUCAGCCGAUCCAACCCCGGCGCAUGGCUCGUGCUCCGGCCUGGCGAUGGCACUUGGAAGCCCUGGGGGCGCCUCGAGGCCUGGCGUGAGCGCGACGGAGGCCUUGGCUACCGCUUCGAGCUCCUCGCCGACGCCGCCAUGGGCGCUGGCAUCAACCUCGCCGAGUCUACCCUGAGCUCCGCCAAGGGUGGAACGUUCACCAUCGACCUCACCGGCGCUGCCGGCUCGCCUCUAAGCAGGUCCCUCAGCCGAUCGACCUCUCCGGGUUGCAGUCCUAGAGGCAGCGGCGACUUCGGCUACUCUCUGUGGCCCUUCUCCAGCUACCGCGGCUUCGUGAUGUCCUCGACAGUUGCCGGGGAGGGGCGCAGCGGCCGCCCCACUGUCGAGGUCGGCGUGCAGCACGUCGGCUGCUCCGAGGACGCCGCCGCCUUCGUGGCACUGGCGGCCGCCGUCGACCUUAGCGUCGACGCCUGCCGUCUCUUCAGCCACAAGCUCAGGAAGGAGCUCAUCGCGCCGGACUCGCUGCGUUGACUGCAAUCCAUCGAUCCAACCAAAUUCUCAGCUGUUUGCCUCUUGUAUAGAACUGUUUCUUUAGGCAAAAUUCUCCAUUUUUACUUCAAUCGCGUGUGCUAUGCUUGUUAAUAUACUUUGAACAGUCUUCUAGUUAUAUUUUUACUACGCUAGAAGCACAAAACAAACGACCACAGAAAAAACCAUAAAUGUGUUCAAUGUAGUAGUUUGUAACUCGUAGUGUGUUGCGAUGCUUGUGUGAACUUUUGUUGAGUGCUCUGAGAAAGAACAAUGAUUACAGUUGAAUGAAGAUGAAAGUGAUUAUGGAGCUCUUGAUAUUUAA